GAGAAUAGCACAGAAUACGAGCCUUUCGUUGCAUAGCCUCUGGCGUCCACUACUUCAGCUUUCCCUCCAUUUGUUCUCUCUAACAAAAACAAGUAAAUUGCCUACCACUCUCUUCAUUUUCAGAUGUUAGCUUGCAACUCUUUGUCAUUACCAUCUCAUGGUAUAAGCAUCCCAAGAAAUUUUUUCAUGGGUCGGCGAAGGCUUUUGUGCUCAAUCUCUGCUCCCUCUAGUGAUUCUUCCACUGAUGAUACUUCUUCCCUACGUGUUCUCGUUCUACGAACUUUAAGAAAUUGUGCCAAAGAUUUCAAUGGAAAAGUACGUGAAAAGAGUACGCUGGUGAUGAGUAGGCGAAUGUUACUGACAAGCUCCCUCAUGUAUUUGUGUUAUCACGAUUCAACCUAUUUAUCAGCCCAAGCACUAGGCGAUUCAUCUGUCACCGUUGAAGAUGUAACUCCUCCAGUUUUUCCUUCAGGGGCACUCUUCUCUACUGAGGAAAGAAUUGUCCAACUUUUUGAGAAGAAUACAUACUCCGUCGUCAACAUUUUUGAUGUAACAUUGCGCCCUCAGCUUAAUGUCACUGGUGUAGUUGAGAUUCCAGAAGGAAAUGGGUCUGGAGUAGUCUGGGAUAAACAGGGGCACAUUGUAACAAAUUAUCAUGUGAUUGGUAAUGCCCUUUCAAGAAAUCCAAGCCCUGGACAAGUUGUUGCUCGAGUUAGUAUUCUAGCUUCAGAAGGGUUGCAAAAGGAUUUUGAGGGUAAGUUGAUUGGCGCUGAUCGUGCUAAAGACCUUGCCGUAUUGAAGGUAGAAGCCCCUGAAGAGUUGUUGAGAGCGACUAAGGUUGGGCAAUCUUCUACUGUAAGAGUUGGGCAGCAGUGUUUAGCCAUUGGGAAUCCAUUUGGCUUUGAUCAUACUCUCACUGUUGGGGUUAUUAGUGGAUUGAAUAGAGACAUCUCUAGUCAAACAGGAGUGACAAUAGGUGGUGGAAUUCAAACAGAUGCGGCCAUUAACCCUGGUAACAGUGGAGGCCCUCUACUGGACUCGAAAGGAACUUUGAUUGGGAUUAAUACGGCAAUAUUCACGCAGACAGGGACAUCAGCAGGAGUUGGCUUUGCCAUCCCAUCCUCAACUGUGCUCAAGAUUGUUCCACAAUUGAUCCAGCUUGGUAAAGUUGUUCGAGCUGGUUUAAAUGUUGAUAUUGCUCCUGAUGUGGUUGCAAAUCAGCUUAAUGUUCGGAAUGGGGCUCUUGUCCUGCUGGUUCCCGGGAAUAGCCUUGCUGCAAAGGUUGGGCUACUACCCACCACAAGGGGCUUUGCUGGAAAUAUUGUCCUUGGAGACAUCAUAAUUGCAGUUGACAACAAACCUGUUAAAAGCAAAGCAGAGUUGUACAAAGUGUUGGACGACUAUAGUGUUGGAGACAAAGUAUUAUUAAAGAUCAAGAGAGGCAGUGAGACUCUGGAACUGCCCAUUAAGCUAGAGGAAAAGAGCUCUUGAUGAAAUCUUUCAACAUUUCCUUGCUAAUUUUCUACUUCUGUGAGGAAAGACUGAUGGUCAAAAGUUUUGAGGGAGCUGGUAUAUGAUUCUAUUUCUGCGUUUCUUUCUUUUCCAGAUAUGUUCGAAUGGAAUUUUGGAUCUUAAAUUGUCCUUGGAAGCCAUAUAUGCCCAACUAUCUCCUAUACCAACUUCCAUGUAUUGAGGUUAUAUUAUAUACUUCUCCAUUAUUUUACUUUUCACAUUUGUG